UCUUUGAUAGAACGUAUUCUGGCUGCGCAAGUAAAUAUAUUAUCAUUUACACGAUUUGAUUAAUGUAAAAGAUACAGUUAAAUAAUAAGGUACAUUGAUGUGUUUAAACCCAAAAAAAAAAAAUUGCGACGAUUAAGUACUCCAAAUCUACUAAAACGGCUCAAAAGCAAAUCGCGAACGACAAAGAGACGCCAGAUAAGCCUCGCUACGUGCGCGUGAGUCGACGCCGACAGAACCUUGAAUACAGCGCUCCUUCCCUCAAUAUAAUAAUGAACUGUUCAGUUCAACGCGAGACUUUAACGAUUUAACACGACCGAUUUUCAAUAUGAGAAAAACCCACCCUUAAGCGAACGAAUAAGUGACAAAGUGACCCGAACCUACUCUUACGAGAAAUAACAGUGGAAACUGUGAUGUUUUGUGCAAAAAUACUCCUCUUCAAUCAAUACACAAUCCCAUCUGUGGAAGUGAAAAAGGUAUUAUUCGUGCUGGGUGAGCGAUGAAGGGGUGGUUUGACGCUUUCCGCGAGGAAGGCGGUCCGACUCUGUAUGCUUACCAUAACCGCACGGCAGUCGCAGCAGACGUCCCAGCCUUGGCGCUCAUCGUUGGCGCGGUGACUCUCUACAUAGCGUUUCUUGCUAUAUUUCCAGGUGUCAGGAAGGAGAGAUUUUCAACAUUCGUCAUAGUUACACUGAGUUUGUUCGUCGGCACUGUUAUACUCGUAUGUAAACACGGAUCUUCGUGGCAUGUGGCCGGUACGCGCAUCGCGCGAGCAGCCUACCGCGCCUUUUCCGCGGAACGCAUCGACUGUUGGCUGGCCAUACACGUGGGUUUGGGACAUGUCAACGUUACCCUCUCAGCACUUCCGUGGGGCAACUUAACAAAAGGGGACCCCGGCGUAGACUACAACGAACAGUUUCAAUGGGAAGAAGCCGGUGCUAUACAGGAGUGGUACCGAGCUGGAUUACUUCGUGGUCUUCCAUACCCCUUGCUCUCGGUGGCUGAACAUUUUGCCGUGGAGCACGAAGGGUUCGAAUGGGGGGCGAAGUACCGGGCUGCGGGCUACACCACCACAACGCUCCUUUGGACGGCAUUUGCGUUAUGGAUGGUGAUGAAUCUCCUGCUUGUGGUGGUGCCACGAUAUGGGGCUUACGCUAUGACCGUUCUCGGAGUGACCCUUUGUGCUGCUGCAGGCGGUUAUUGGGCGUCAUUACCCCAAGAUCCUCUAGUUGUGAGGUUGGAUGGUGCCAUGCUAUUCUUUUCUAUGGGAUGGUGCUUUUGGCUAGUCCUUAUGGCAGGAUGCAUUUGUCUAGUUGUAGGAAUAUUCAUAUCUGCAUUGGAUCUGGUUUGGCCGCACAGAUUCUCCACAAUAUUAGAAGUUGACUAUGACACUCCUUAUGAUCGUCAUGUUCUCAUUGUGGAUAGCCGACAGAGGGCGCGACCUCAGGCCCAAGCUUCGUUACCUACUAGAAUAUUAAGGAGGCUGUCCUCAAAGACCCGCGACACAGAGCGACAGGUAUCGAUGUCCAUAGUGAACGAGGGUCGGGAGCGAGGCCGAGACAACCCCGCCUUCCACCACGAGAUACGGAAACCUAACUCUCCCUGGAGGUAUCCUCUCUUCAGACGGCAAAUUGACCGUGUGGAUUCAGCUUCAAGCAUAGGUUCUAGCAUAAAUGGUAAUAGUUCGGGGAUCAAAAUGUCACCUUUAGCAACACAAUCAAUUCCAACUCACAGAUAUAGACCACAGAUACCAGCAGCAGAACGUGUUAAGGACAUGUGGUGACAGCGGGAUCAUAUUCUUACCCUCAGAGUCAGAGUUGAGAUUAGCGCUAAGUCUCGAAUACCAACCUGACAAUAUUUGCGCACUUUUUAAAAUAAAUUUGUAAAUAUGUACAUUGAAUAUGAAUUAGUUAAUGGACUGGACAUGUUCAACCAGUGUCUUAAUUAUUAGAUACAUCAUUAUUGGAAUAAUAAAGUAAUAAAUUCCAGUGGCAAAACGCCCUAACGCAUAUUGAGAAACUUACUAAGUAUUUAUUAUUGCGUAUUUUUAUAUUACUAUUAAUAAGUUAUUACGACACAAGUGAAUACUUUGUGCCAUGUUAAAGACUAUAUUUCUAUUAUAUUUCGUACACUUGUUUCUUUCUAGUCGUUUUUGAAAAGGAAUAAAAUAUGUAGUUCAAAAUUAAUUUUAGUUUCAAGCUUAUAAAAAGAAAGUUUGAACUGAAUUUCUUUUUUGCACUUUUUCGUACUUUGACCGUAGUAGGAAUCGUAUCUUUAACGCGUCGCCUUAGGAUUAGAGAUAGAAGUUGAAGAGUAGCGCGGCGAGGGCGUAUGCUGAAUCCUAAAUGCAAAGUUUGUUUAUUUAAAAUAAAUGGAAAUCGCUCGUAAUAAUGAUACAAAAGGUCUAAUAGCCGAACUAACACGAAUUUUGUCAAUAAAAUCGAUAAUUUGUUAAAAAAAGAAAACAUUUAAGAACUAAAAUCUGUAUUGAUUCAUCACCAAAGAGGGCAAAAUUUUAUUUUCCAAAACGAUUAUUAAGUCUCGGUGUAUACUCGUAUGAUUUGAUUUUUAAUUAAACGAAAUAUUUCGGCUUCAUAAGUGUAUUUUACAAUAAAUAUUUUAACCACAAAUAUAAACUAUGUUGCGACUUGCGAUACGUAUAAUACUUGUUUUAAUAAAAAUAUGUGAAUCAAAACUUGUACAAUAUCAUCUCUAAACAUAAGGAUAGUUUUAAUUAAGCCUUAAAAGUCAUUUAUUGUAAGCAUGACAUAGAUAUAAGUUAUUUAUUCUCGAAAAGUUAUGUACCUACAGCAUUAUAAAGUGUCUUGUGCAAGAUUACGAAGCCUCGUUCUUAAUGUAUUAAAAUAAAAUAGUUUUUAUUUGCACGAAAGGCAACAAAUUUGAAUAUUUAUUGUGACCAAAAAUACAUCGCUGGAAAGCA